ACAAAAAAAUACAGUGACAGAAAAGGGAUGAGAGAGAGGGGCUCGGGAAGUGAGCGCCAAGCUGAGGCAGCUGAAAAUGUUCAGUUACCAUCCCACCCAAUGCUUAGUUGCCAACAGUCCCUUCUUCCUCAUCCCCUUCCUUUCUCCCUAACUAGGGUUUGCUGACUUCGGCCAUCUGAGACUGCGCCUGAAACUUUCAGGUGUUGUGGGUCAGGGGCUUUAAAAGGAACCAUUUAGAUUGCCUUUCGAGCUAUCACUUCGGUGAUUAAAUAUGCAGACACCAAAAGCAAGAGCUGGUACUUCAGAAGUACCCCAAAAGAAAUCUCCGGCAACACCUCGGACUGCUCGACAAUUGAAGACACCGGCCUCUGAUCCUGACUCACUCCCAUCCUCUCCAAAUCCAGCAAGCAAGCCUUCGAAUAAUAGGAGUCCAAAAGUUGUUGACCGCAAAUCACCACGUAGUCCAAUGUCUGAGAAAAAGAAACCUGGUAGAGUCCAGGAAUUGGAGUCUCAGCUUGCUCAACUCCAAGAAGAUUUGAAGAGAUAUCAGGAGCAAUUGAACUCGUCUGAGUCAUUGAAGAGAAAAGCCCAGCAGGAGGCAGAAGAGGCAAAGAAGCAGGUUUUAGUCAUGUCAGAAAAGCUUGACGAAUCAGAACAACAGCUCGUGGAGAUUUCAGCUUCUGAGGAAGAACGACUCCAAGAGCUACGCAAAAUUUCACAAGACCGCGAUCGAGCAUGGGAAUCUGAACUAGAGGCAGUCCAGAAGCAGCAUUCGAUGGACUCGGCUGCUUUACUUUCUGCCAUGAAUGAAAUCCAGAAGCUCAAAGUUCAACUGGAAAGAGUGUCAGAAUCUGAAGCCACUCACGUUAGGAAUGCAGAGUCAGCUCACGCUGAGAUUCAGGAAUUGCAGAUGGAACUUUCUGAAACUCUUUCCUUGGUGGAAAGGCUAAAGAAUGAGUUGAGUGAUUGCAAAGAAUCUGAGUCCCAGGCCUUGGAAGUAGUUGGCAAAACCCAACUGCAGUUAGAAACUGCAAAUAAGACAGUGGAAACACUCCGGUCAGAUGGGAUCCAAGCCAUGGAAGCUAACAAAUCAUUAGCUUUGGAGCUGGAGCAAUCCAGAGCACAAGUAAAAUCACUGGAAGAACUUGUGAGCAAACUCCAGGCUGAUCUGGCUGCUACUGCUAACAGUAACCCACUGGGUCCAACCAAUGAAACAGGACUUGCACAGGCAAAUCAAGAAAACGAGGAAAUAAAACAGCUCAAAGCUGAGCUCAUGUCUGCCAAAUCUGAAGUUGAACAAUUAAAAUCUGCACUAGAGGCAGCUGACACAAGGUACCAAGAAGAGUAUAUCCGGAGCACUCUGCAGAUUAGAAGCACUUACGAACAAAUGGAGCGUGCAAAAUCUGAGUCUAGCUUGAGGGAGGCCGAAUUAUUUGAGGAGUUGAACAGAGCAAAAGCUGAAAUUGAAGAACUGAGGGCUAGCCUAAUGGACAAAGAAUCUCGGCUGCAGAUUAUUUCAAAGGAGAAUGAGGAGCUUAGCAUAAGGAUGAAAGAAGACCAGACCAUUGAAAAAGAAUCUCAACUUGAGAUGGAGUUAAAAAAAUUGGAUGCUGAUAUAGUGGAGUUGAAGGCGAGUUUGUUGGACAGACAGACAGAAUUGCAAAAUGUAACCGAUGAAAAUGACACGCUCAAGAUGGAAAUUGAGAAAGGGGAAUUGGAGAAGAACAAAAUCAGCGAGGAGGCCAUCGCUUCUACUGAAGCAGCAAGGGCCGGAGAGCGAGAAGCUUUGAUGAAACUGGGACACAUAACAGAAGAAGCUGAUAGGAGUAACCGGAGAGUAGCGCUUGUGACUGAGCAGCUAGAUGCCGCGCAGGCUGCAAAUUCAGAAUUGGAAGCUGAGUUAAGGAGAUUAAAAGUGCAAUCAGACCAGUGGAGAAAAGCAGCAGAAGCCGCAGCUUCCAUGCUUUCUGGAGGAAAUACUGGAAAAUUGGCGGAGAGAAAUAGCUCACUUGAUAGUAGCUUUAACUCUGUUGCUGGCAAGAUGAAUUCACCCUAUUCAGAAGACACAGACGAUGACUCACCCAAGAAGAAGAAUACAAACAUGUUGAAGAAGAUUGGAGUGUUGUGGAAGAAGAAUCAUUAGCAGACACGUCUCAGGUACUUUGGUGUUGCGUCAUGAUACCAUUGGAGCAGCUUGAUGGGAGAAUCUCCGUCGAAGAAGGUUGUUACAAUUAUUUUGUAGAUACUUGGAAUUUAGUUGUUCACCCUUCAGCUAUCUAGUAUUUGCAGAGUGGUUAUCGGCUAUAGACCUAAAUGAAUGUAAUUGUAAUAUCCUUCAGUUCGUAUGUUUUUACGUUAUACCUGGGAAGUUAUGGAUGAAAGAGUCUGUGUUAGUUUUGAGACAUAUGUCAAUACUACUUCCCUUGACUGAGUGGCAUGCCAGUAUUGAAUCAAUCAAUCGCGAGUUCAACUUUUGUUUAAUAUUUUA